AUGAAGCUUGUUGUCGUUCUUGCUCUAUGCUUAUUAGUCUGCUACAUUCAUGUGACAUCAAGUGAACCAUCUGGAACAAAGAAACAAGCGACGAAAAAGGAUCCAAAAUCAAAACCUGUCAAUGGUCCAACUAGUCAUUCGAAGCCGAAAGAAAAACACGGUGCGCAUGGAAAACACCCGACAAGUCAAGAUGGAAAAAAAGCGAAAAGAACUCCUCAAAUUCGAACACCGUUCGAUAAAGUUUUGGAAAAGUUAAUGACAUGUGCCACAUCAUCACCUUCAUUAGUUGAAGUUAUGGAAAGCAAUCUGAAAGAUAUUCAAAACGAUGAAAAAUACCAAUCAUUGUUCAAAGCUGCUCCACAUACGGCUGCUUAUCUGAAAAAGAACAAAAAUCGUCCUGAGAAGUUCAUUCCCGGAUUACAACAAGCCCUGUCUGCUGAUUGGUCAAGUCCAGCAUGGAAAUCAGCAGAUGAAAUUGAAACACUCUUUCGUCCAUUAAAACAACAGUUUGUUUACGCAAUGAUGCGAUUCAACUGCACAUCGUGA